AUGGAGAAAAAAGGUGGAAAAAAUGCUGCAAAAGAACCUGCUGAACAGAGCAGACAAACACAACCAUCACCUCCUCCAGGGCCUCAAAAAGCUGCUGACGAUGGAGAUGCUGGUGGAUAUGGGCAGCACAUGCGAUAUAAAAUUUUGGACUCUCAUAUGACAAGGGAAUCAAGUCGUGUGCUUACUUUAAGGCUACCGCUCAACCAUCCUCAGCGCCAUCCUUGGCCCUUUUUCUACUUGAAAAAGAAGCCGAGGAUGCACCCAGGGAUGCCAACGCGGUCGCUCUAAUUACUCAUCGUCCCCAAGAAAAGUAGAGCAGGCAGUACUCUUUCCUACUGAAGAGUAGACUGAGAACCCGUGAAGAAACAAGUAUAAUCUACUUUAAUGUUGAAAAUAUGAUGUUGCCGGUUAGUUUUUACCUCUAGAGAUCUAGCCCUUUCAACAGUAUGGUUCCGGUAUUUGGUAACCUGAAUUCGAUCACAAGGAUUCUCUUCUUGUUUUCCCUUAGGAUCAAAAUCAGGCUACCGAAUACCAGAACCAUGCACGUCGAUGAGUAAGCCUAGUAAGCUUUUCCUUCUUGUCUUCAUAUCACAUGAGGAAUUCCAAAACACUCUCCACGAAGUACUUGUCCGCAUGGCGCUGAAUUACCCUUUUUUACGGCUAUAGAAUUAUAAUUUGAAUUCUAAUUCAUCUUUUGGAUUUACUAUAGAAUUAAUUUGAAUUCUAAUUCAUCUUUUGGAUUUGGUGCAUCGUCCCCCAUGGAGAGUAUGUGCAUCAAUACUACUGCGAUACUCUUCAAGGAGAAUAAGGAACUCUUCAAGGAGAAUAAGGAUGCAUUUAAAAGAUGAAUAUCCAUACUGGAGGACAGCCCUAAGUUUUGAGGCUUUGCCACUCCUGCGAACGCAACAAAAUGCAGAUAAGGUGAUUGCGUCAAACAAUUUUCUGGCCCAACUUCCCAAGGACUACAGGAAUGAGAUGCUGGGAAAACGGUAUCAUGAUCCCGAUCAAAAUACGCAGACGUCCUCGUCCUCGAAGGGCAAGCCAAGAGCGAUUGAGAGAAUACUACAGGAUGCGCAGGAGCGCAGCAAGAAGUUUACGACCAGGCACGCAGACACGGUGGAGUAUCUUACAGAAGUUACAAAAUUCCUGCAGGAAGUGCAAAAACGACAACCGUCAGGGACGAACAGGAAUCUUGAUGUACAAAAUCGCCGCAAUGACAACUUGUGUGCGCAGUCGUCUGCAGACCUGAGGUUUCUACUGCGGAUUCUGAGACCACCACCUGUAGAAGAAGUUCUUAAAGCUGCGGGAGAGGACCUGGAGACGGAAGCCCACCUUCAAAGUAGUAGGACCACUACUGCAGAUGAGCUUUUUGCUCCCUAUUGCGGAAGGCAUAUCGACCCAGGUACGCGCAUUUUGAGCGCGCUCACGCCGUACUCCAUUUUUGACGGAGCAGGAGCAGCAAGGAGGCCCUCUACUGGAGGAGGUGGAGGUGGUGCUACGAACAAAAAGAAGAUGAAAAAUGCAACGUCCUCGAGAACGGGUGAUGGAGGAGGAGGGCCAACAAGUCUUAAGGGUAGGUUAAAGGUGCUUUUGUUACCGUUUGUUAUGGCUCUUCUAAGGGGGACAGCCAUAACAAGCGGGAUAAACGAACACCAAAAGCCUACCGCUAAAAGUCGCCGCGCACCUCUCCAAGCGGGAGAGGUUUUGGCCGUUCUUCGGGAUAAUGCGGAUAGCAUUUUCACUGAUCCUCGCAACGUCGCUCAACUGCUUUUUCUCGGUGUCGGUCGCAGUCUUCCUAGUAUUUCUUCUUCAGCUUCUUCCGGAACAUCUUGGAUGACUGCUAGAACUAACACUGGAACUAGUAGCAACAUCUUGACGACGCGAAUUGAGGCAUUGAGUGCGAUGUACGAUUGGUACACAGACAUAACGCGAAUAACCUUAAGGCAAGAAGAACUUGUUUCACAAUUUUCCUGAUAUUUCAAAUCACUUCAUCCUUUUUUUCUUCAUCUCCUCUGCUUGGACACCCGCCUUUUUUUUUCUUGCAGAAUUCGAACUCUCUGAGAAAGAAGAAGAGUUUCAUUUGUUGAGCUUUCGAUUUCCGAGAAAUAGGGAACAAUUUGAACUCGCCUGUGCUCUCUCUCUCUUCUAACCAGAGGCACUGCUCGAGGGGCACAGGAUCUUCGUGGGCCUACCGUGUGGAAAAUGCCAGGACUGGCUGCGAUGGGUUUGCCACCAAGGCAGGCUGCGAAGGUGCCAAACGAAGAGUUCGACUUAAAGAAACUUAAGGCUACUUGCCGUAAUUCAUAUUGAUUCAUCUCUUGACUACUAAGUAUUUCAAAAGAGGUCUUUCAUCAGUAACUGCUCUUCUGCCAGUUACGACUUUCUUCAGUAAGAAAGUGCAUCUUAAUCUUUCUUUGACACGACGUCGUUUGCAAGGGGGCAUCAACGCGACGUCGAGGCUGCCUGCCAUCUUGCGUCAAACAACUUCCUUUCUCCAGAGGAGGCACCUUUACACUGAGUGGCCUCAUAGAAAGACGCGAAAUGCUACAAGAGGGCUCUUCUGCUCUAAGAAACACUCGUUGGUGAAAAACGAGCACUCUCGCAUCUGGCCUGUUCUUACCACGCAUUCGAACGCGCAUUACCAUCAUAGCGAGGACGACUUAACUGAGAUUUGGCCGGACCUCUUCAAUUUUGUCGGAUCUGGGAUUAGCAAUCCCAGGUACAUUGAGGUUGUCGACCGCAGGGGUAGAGUUACGACAGGAAAAAGUGUACUUACUCAUACUCAAGAAAGUAGGCACUUGUUUCUCAGUAGGAAUUAGAGAGUGCCUAAAUUUUCUUGCGUACUACUAUGAGUACCUACUACACUUUUUCCUUUCAUAAGAGUACACAGACAGCUGAUAAAGGGCAACGACGAUCCACGACAAGAUGCUUUAGUUCAGCAAAGUUUUAAACUGUGCUCGGAAAUUCUGCUCGACAACGAUGCUGAUCAGGAAGGUGGGGAGAUGCAUCACCACGGUGCACUGGUUGACCAUGUUGAAAAUCCGACCUCUUCGUUACUCUCUAAAAGUGCUGGAGGUGGAAGUGGAGGUGCUUGGAUGGUGGAUGGCACUAUAUCCACCAUUAAGGCUUGGACUUCAACUCAAGAAAUGAAUUAAUGACUAACUAAUGAAAGCACCUACAAUCUAAACAAUUCAUCACCCUUCUCAUAUUGAUGUGUCAUACAUUCCCUUUUGUAUCCCUCUUAAGACCUUGAGAAAUGAGCUGAAGAAACAGAACCUAUGAUCUCUACGUGGAAGUGGAGUGGAGGUGCCCCCCAGAGCCCUAAAAAGCUACGGUUAAUACUACUAGGAACAGUACCAUCUUCAGGGGUACAAACACAUCACACAAAUGAGACGCCAGAAGAAACACGUACACACAUCACACACAUACACACGUCUAAUACUUUGAGAGCCAGAAGAAAGAUGCGGCGGCGCCCUUUGGCGCUGCGAACCUACAAGGUGAUCCCCUUAGCGCCGUUCCAAGGUGUUAUGGAGUGGGUGCGACCGACCAUCCCUUUCAAAGAUUGGGCAGGAGAUGCGCACGAGUACUAUUUUCCGGAAGAUUUGCGUCCGUUCGCUGAUUCAUCACUGCUUUCGAAUCCGUUUUUCGUGGAUCCUAGAUUAAGGCUUGCUGCCUCUAAGUAUAUAAUUUCACCUUUUAGAAGAUGGAGGAGGUACAUUCAUCUUUGUUUGACAGCACGUAGUUUUCAACAAGGGGAAAACGCGCUGUGGUCAACGAAGGUAAUGAAUUAGAAUUCAGGUAACAAGCUCUAAGUAGAGACCCGAACGCGCCCAAGGUAUGCCCGCUCACAGGGUUCGAUCGACAGGGGAGAAGUACGCCAGACGCGGUUCGUAUCAAGGUUUAUCAAGCCAUCAUGCAGCGAACUCAUCCAGCAUUACCGUUUUUUUUCCUAUUAUGAAAAUCAAAAAGUCUGCACAACUCGCAUUUUACCUGUAUGCGACACGUCACAAGUUGUGUAAGCCUAUCGCAUAUUCAAAUUUCUCACGUUCUUCUUGAGUUUCCUUUUUCUGCCUUUUUUUUCGUUCUAACCGUAACCACGUUACCUGGCGACGAAACUUUUCGAAGAAGGUAAUUCAUCUCGGAAGAAGAAGAAGUACCUGGUACUAGGUAGUAUUCGUAUUAGAAAAUAGUAAAACUUAAACUGUCCUCUAAUUUUCGAGCGUUUUCCGGGAUGCAGUGAGUGGCUGGCAGCGACGAGAAACUUCGCGACAAGUGUCGCUACAACUAGCAUAGUCGGCUACAUUUUCGGCAUUGGCGAUCGACAUUGUUCCAAUAUCCUGCUUUUAUGACAAGGAUGAUUAUCUACAAAUCACAAUUCAUUGCAGCUUGUGCGGCAUGUUGUCUAGAAGUAUAAUAAUGAAGUACUGCAAGCAAAAGCAUCGAUAUGCUUGAUUGUUCCUUCUUAUAAAAGAUAUAGAUAAACAAGACCUGAAUGGACGACAUGUGAAUCCAAUCUUCUUCUAAGCUUCGACCCUGCAUCUGGGCAAGUGGUGCAUAUAGAUUUUGGAAUGAUUUUUGAUCACGCCUCUAUUUAUUUGCGAAUUCGAGAAAUGGUGCCCUUCCGGAUGACCCCAGACUUUGUAGCCGCUCUGGGUUGCCAAGGCCUGAAAAACGCGUUGUUUCGUGGAUCCUUUGAAUCGACCUUGCACGCUCUACGCGGAAACAUGGAGCUGCUGUCGACGGUACUCCUUUACUAUCAUUUACAUAUCACAUUUGCCGUAGCCAUUUUGGCUCAAGCAGGCUUUUUUUCGAUCUUCCCCGUCUCUCUGAGGUGUGCUGCAAAUCUUGAUUGGCUUCUCCCUUUUUAUAAGGUUGAGGCUUAGGCCCAGCGGCGCUCAAAGCACUAAAGAAAACAACCGGUUAGUUUUUACCUCUAGAGAUCUAGCCCUUUCAGCAACACAUUUGUCAUCACGCACAGGGUCGUCUCCCCCUGUGCAUUGUACCAAGAAGAACUUACAUUUUCAUUCUGAUUAAGUAGAGAAACAAAGAGAAACAAAAACUAGUAUAGCCACUCCGUCUGCCUCUGCUCUUAUAUUAAGGGUACGAGAAAUCAAUCUUCACUGUCAUCUUGGUCCCGUUUUUAAAGGGAAGAGGAGACCCAAGAUGCUGCUGAGGAUGGACUUCCAUUAGUUCUAAUUAUAACCAAGAUGGAAACUCCAUAAUUGUUUACCAGAUAUGCGAAGUCUUCCUGGUCGAUCCUGUCGCUAAGUGGUGCGUCGAGCAGGACACUGUUUGCAACGCGGAUGCUGAGCACGCCUUGACCUUAAGGGUUCCCACAUUACAUCCCUCACUAGCAUCCCUGGCUCUUUUUCCAGUAGGAAAUAAGUCAGGGAUGUUCUGAGGAAUGUAAUUCCUUAACCUCUAAUGACCGGAAUGCGGGAGAAGCUGUUGGAUUUCAAAGACCCUCUCAAUUUGCAGAGUUUCAAGGGAAACCCUUCCGCCUUUAUCGCACACUUGCUCAAUCAGGCUACGUCCAUAGAAAACCUUGGAACCAUUUUCUCAGGGUGGGCAGCGUGGUGCUGAGAAGCUGAGGAGUAGCGAAAGUACGUAGAAACGCGAAGCUGAACGCAUUGAAGAAACCGAAUACAGCAAGUUGAUCACUCUACGUCAACUGUAUCUGUAACCAAACAACAAACCAAAAAGAAAAACUUUAACUUCUGAGUCUUACAUCACAGUUUCACUUACACUCAUAGUCUUAGAUCUCGACUAUUUGCAAUCGACAAUGAUAACAUCCAUAUCAUGCUGAGAAGUAAAGGAGUAUCUAAAAUGAAAGUUCUGAACUUUGAAACGCAAUGAACAAGGGUUGUUUUUCCUUGUUAAGAACUUACCAUCUCCAACAAGGGUUGUUUUCCCUUCUAAGAACUAUCCCCAUUGUCUUCCCUUUCGCGAAAAUAUCGAUCCGUUAUUGUUACAUUUUGCACCCCGCCUAAGCGAAAGGAGUGCUUGGAAACACGAAAUGUCUAAGAUCGGAAGUAGAUCUACUACGAAGAAGAG